AUGCGUGGGCUGCGGAGGAGCCAGCUUUCCCAGGCCCUGAACGGGUUGUCAGACAGAGCCAAGGAAGCAAAAGAGUUCCUGGUCCAACUCCGCAACAUGGUGCAGCAAAUCCAGGAGAACAGCGUGGAGUUCGAGGCCUGCCUGGUGGCCCAGUGUGACGCCCUCAUCGAUGCCCUCAACAGGAGGAAAGCCCAGCUGCUGUCCCGGGUCAACAAGGAGCACGAGCACAAGCUGAAGGUGGUGCGAGACCAGAUUUCUCACUGCACGGUCAAACUACGCCAGACCACGGGCCUGAUGGAGUACUGCCUGGAGGUCAUCAAGGAGAACGACCCCAGCGGCUUCCUGCAGAUCUCCGACGCUCUCAUCAGGAGAGUGCACUUGACUGAAGACCAGUGGGGAAAGGGGACGCUCACACCCCGGAUGACCACGGACUUCGACCUGAACCUUGACAACGCCCCUCUGCUACAGUCCAUCCAUCAGCUCGACUUCGUGCAGAUGAAAGUUUCCUCCCCAGUGCCGGCCCCCCCAAUCCUGCAGCUAGAGGAGUGUUGCACCCGCAACAACAGUGCCACCUUGUCCUGGAAGCAGCCCCCCUUGUCGACGGUGCAGGUGGAAGGCUACAUCCUAGAGCUGGAUGACGGCAACGGCGGCCAGUUCAGGGAGGUGUACGUGGGCAAGGAGACCAUGUGCACGGUGGAUGGGCUUCACUUCAACAGCACGUACAGCGCCCGCGUCAAAGCCUUCAACAAAACAGGAGUCAGCCCGUACAGCAAGACCCUGGUCCUCCAGACAUCUGAGGGUAAGGCAUUGCAACAGCAUCCCGCAGAGAGGUAUUUAAAAAUUUGGUUGCAGCAGGGUGGAGAGUCCGAGAAACGAGGUGGGAGUCAGAAGCAGCGGGUGAUGCAGCUGGGAAGGAAGGAAUCAGCCCCCACCACUACGUCUGCCGCCCCGUAG